AUGCUAAGAGCAAACUACUUCGUCCCUUGUUCGAUUCACGCAGAUUCCAACAAAAGUGAAUGCAACAUGUUUUGUCUUGAUUGUACUUCCAAGGCCUUUUGUUCUUACUGUUUGACCAACCACAAAAACCACCGAGUCCUUCAGAUACGAAGAUCAUCGUACCAUAACGUUGUGAGAGUUAAUGAGAUACAAAAGUACAUAGACAUAUCUUGUGUUCAGACAUAUAUAAUCAACAGUGCAAGGAUAGUGUUCUUGAACGAACGACCUCAACCAAGAAUCGGCAACGGAGUUACCAAUACUUGUGAAAUAUGUUGCAGAAGCCUCCUUGAUUCUUUCAGAUUCUGCUCUCUUGGUUGCAAACUUGGAGGAAUAAAGAGAGGUAAUCAAAGCCUAACCUUCUCUCUGAAAGGGAAGCAUGGAAGGGAAUAUGAAGGUGGGUGGGAAUCUGAUGAGGCGACCACACCAACUAAGAUACGCAAGACAUGUGCAUUCAACCGUCUGAUGAGCGGUCUGUCCAUCUCCACCGUUAAAUCUGAUUACUUUUCGGGAGAUCAACGGUCUUCGAGUUCCGGUGAUGAAAGCGGUUUUAAUCUUUCUCCGGGGACACCGCCGAUAUAUAAUCACCGCAAUUCAAGCAGAAGGAAGGGCGUACCACACCGUGCUCCGUUUUAA